AGGUUGGAGUUCCCUCACAGACCUCUGCUCGCACACAGCCCAGGAGCGGGGCCCCUCUCUCUUUCUCUCUCUCUGCAGACACAGGGCCCCUCUCUCCCUCUCUCUGCAGGCACAGGACCCCUCUCUCUCCCUCUCUCUGCAGACACAGGGUCCAUCACCCUCCACAAGUUGAGCAGAGAAGACUCUUUGCAUCUUUUUUUUUGCAUUGCCCAAGGCUGCAGCGCGGACGAAUCCCUGAGCCAGGAGAGGGUGACGUGCUUCUUGCGGAUGAACACCUUAGCCGCCUUGUGGCAGAUAUAGAGCUGCAGUCAGCCUGCUCCUCAUCACUUUGCUAGGACUGCUGCUGCUGCUGCGGGCUGUGUGCACCAAGCUGUGCUCCUAUCACUUCCCUCAUUCUGUAGGCAACCAGAGGAGGAGCAGGCUCGGCUCUGCUAUUCCACACCACUAGCUCAUCAUCACCUAUAGAAAACUCGCUGGAAACUAAGGAGCUGUCCAGCACUGGAGCCUCCUGAACAUGAAACUCCCUUAUGUCUACCUGCUUGGAUUACUUGUCACCAGUGGGCAAGGAUGUGCUUUUGCAUUUUAUCCAUCAUUUACUGUGGGGCACAGAGCGUGGCCACCACACUAUACAUAAAACCAGAUUACAAAAGAAAGGAAAAACAAGGGAAAUAUCUCUUCUACAAGUGUCGAUAUCACUGAGCAAAGUGGAAAUUAGCGUGGGGCAGUCCAAGUAUUUCACAUGUACAGUUUUGGGAGAGGCCGAGACAAUAGACUGGUAUAGUCCCCAAGGUGAGAGGAUAACAUCAAAUCAAAGAAUUGUGGCACAAAGAGAAGGCAUGAGAUCAUGGCUCACAAUAUACAAUGCCAACAUAGAUGACGCCGGGAUAUAUCGUUGCCAAGCUACUGACUCUAAGGGACACACCCAAGAGUCUACAGUUGUUCUGGAGAUUUACCAGAAACUGUCAUUUGAAGAGGUCAGGUCACCUCAAGAAUUCCGGAAAGGGGACGAUGCAGAAGUUGUCUGCCAUGUCAGCAGCUCACCCGCUCCAAUGGUCAGAUGGUUGAGUAAUGGUGAAGAUGUAACAGACAUUGAUGACAGUCGAUUUGCGAUGUUGGCAAACAACAAUCUUCAGAUUAUGAACAUCAGUAAAAGGGAUGAAGGCAUUUACAGAUGUGAGGGGCGAGUCGAGGUUAGAGGAGAAAUUGAUUUCCGAGACAUCUUUGUCAUUGUGAACGUUCCUCCAGCUAUCUUAAUUCAACAAAGAUCCUUCAAUGCAACUGCAGAUCGUCAAGAGGACAUUACUAUAUUUUGCCGGGCCACUGGCUCUCCCAAACCUUAUAUUAGCUGGCACAGGAAUGGAAAAAUGCUUGAAGAAAAUGACAAGUAUUCAGUACGAGAAGACAAUACAGAAUUAACAAUUAAAAAUAUAAUUAACAGCGAUGCCGGGUCGUAUACCUGCAGAGCGACCAACAAAGCGGGAUUUACUGAAAAGCAAUCGUUUCUACAAGUGUUUGUGCAGCCUCAUAUUAUACAAUUGCAAAAUGAGACUACGGUUGAAAAUGGUCACGUGACCAUGACAUGUGAAGCAGAAGGAGAACCCAUACCAGAGAUUACAUGGAAGAGAGCCAGUGACGGAAAGACUUUCACUUACGGCGACAGGAGCCCUGACGAUCGUAUAGAAAGUAUAGGACAUCACGGAAAGUCCUCCUUGCGUAUUAGAAAUGUGAUGCUAUCAGAUGCAGGAAGAUAUGACUGUGAAGCAGCAAGCAGAAUUGGUGGCCAUCAGAAGAGCAUGUAUCUCAAUGUUGAAUAUGCACCAAAAUUUAUUUCAAAUCAAACCAUCUAUUAUUCCUGGGAAAACAAUCCAAUUAAUAUCAGUUGUGAUGUGAUUUCCAACCCACCAUCAUCAAUUUUCUGGAGUAAAGAAAAAAUUUUGUUACCGGCACGGAAUAUAACAAAUAUAAAAACCUACAGGGAUGGGAAGAAGAUUCUUUUAGAGAUCACUCCAAUAUCAGACAAUGACUUUGGACGAUACAACUGUACAGCAAUCAACUCAAUAGGUUCACGGAUUCUGGAAUAUACGCUCACGUUGGCUGAUGUGCCUUCCAGUCCACAUGGUUUGCGAGUUAUAGAACUGUCACAGACAAAGGCCAAAAUAUUUUUCAAUAAACCAGACUCACAUGGUGGCGUCCCAAUUCAUCACUAUCAAAUGGAUUUUAAAGAAGUGUCUUCAGAUACGUGGAAAGUUGUCCAUUCAAAUGGAACGCAAACGACUGUUGUUCUGGACAAUUUAGAAGCCAACACAACAUAUGAAGUCAAGGUUGCAGCCGUCAAUGGCAAAGGACAAGGAGAAUACAGCAAAAUAGAAAUUUUUCAGACCCUUCCUGUUCGUGAACCAGGUCCACCAUCUAUUCAUGGACAGCCAGGUGCAGGCAAGAGCUUCAAGCUAAGCAUAAAAAAGCAAGAUGACGGGGGUGCCCCAAUUUUAAAUUAUGUUGUUAAAUACAGAAGUAAAGACAAAGAAGAUCAAUGGCUGGAGAAGAAAUUCCUUGGCAAUAAAGACCAAAUUGUUCUAGAACAUCUACAAUGGAAUAUGGGAUAUGAAAUUCAGAUCAUAGCAACAAAUAGACUCGGCCAUUCUGAGCCAACAACGUAUGAGUUUAUAAUGCCACCAAAACCUAAUAUCAUUGCAGACACCCUAUUCAGUGGCCUUGGAAUUGGAGCUGUCAUCGGUUUGGCUGUAGCCGCUCUCCUUCUAAUUCUCGUUGUGACGGAUGUCAGUUGCUUCUUCAUGAGACAGUGCGGAUUGCUUAUGUGCAUAACCAGACGGAUCUGCGGGAAGAAAAGUGGCUCCAGCGGAAAAAGUAAAGAAUUAGAAGAAGGAAAAGCUGCAUACUUGAAAUUACUACUAAAGGAGGAAAACGGAAAAGAAGCUCUGAGUGCCGAAACAAUUGAAAUCAAAAUAUCGAAUGACAUCAUCCAGACAAAAGAAACUGACAGUAAAGCGUAGCAUGACACAGCCCAUUAUCACUCAAAGAGGGAGAUUGGUGAUGCACACCCAAUGUCAGCACUCUGCUGCAGACAAUUAUUGGCUAAUAUUAGCUUUCGAUUGUCAGUACGUGUCCAUACCUGAACAACUCACAUCUACUGUACUUUAAGGUUUUGUUAAUUAAUUUAGUAUUUGUCUGACUGAUAACAGUAUAAAUGUAUAAAGUUGACAAUGACUGCAAAAAUUACUUUAAUUUAUUAUAAAAUAAAGUGUACUAUUUAUAAAAUAUUUCCUUUUUCCUUGUUAAAAAGGCGUCCUGUGGUUGGCAAAUCCGCUAGGCUAAUAUAUAAUGCAUACUUCUAUCUUAUGUAUGGUUCAUUUAAAUAAGGCUUAAGGCCAGUGACCGGUACAGGUUGUUCAUUAGGUAGAAGCUAGACCAGGAAAAUGUAUCUGAUAUGUAA